UCCUGACUGGUGGCUGCUCCUAUCUGUCUGCGCGGCGGGGACAUUUCCGCAUUGAGGGGGGCUGCUCCGAAUGGAGGGGGAGGGGAAGUGUUUAGGAGAAAGGGGGGGCUUUGGGUGUUGCGAGACCGCAGCCAGGUGGACAGAGGGGGUUCAGUAGCUGGGCUGCGACCACUGGCGAGAGGCUGGAGGUGUGCAUGUGUGAAAGGAGAAGGGGAGAGAGAAGGGUGCCGCAGAGGUGAUAGUCUCUCAGUCUGCGAACCUUCUUCCGGGGGCGCCAUAAACGCCCCCAAGUUCUCAGCUGCUAAAGGAGGAGGUGGAAGAUCUCAGCAAAGCAAUGUCUCAAGAUGGCGCUUCUCAGUUCCAAGAAGUCAUUCGGCAGGAGCUAGAAUUAUCUGUGAAGAAGGAACUAGAAAAGAUACUUACCACGGCACCAUCACAUGAGUUUGAGCACACUAAAAAAGACCUUGAUGGAUUUCGGAAGCUAUUUCAUAGAUUCUUGCAAGAAAAGGGACCUUCUGUGGACUGGGGAAAAAUCCAGAGACCUCCAGAAGAUUCGAUUCAACCCUAUGAAAAGAUAAAGGCCCGAGGCUUACCUGAUAACAUAUCUUCUGUGCUGAACAAGCUGGUGGUGGUGAAACUCAAUGGUGGUUUGGGAACCAGCAUGGGCUGCAAAGGCCCGAAGAGUCUGAUUGGUGUGAGAAAUGAGAAUACCUUUUUGGAUCUGACUGUUCAGCAAAUCGAACAUUUGAACAAAACCUACAAUACUGAUGUCCCUCUUGUUCUGAUGAACUCUUUUAACACAGAUGAAGAUACAAAAAAAAUACUACAGAAGUAUAAUCACUGUCGUGUGAAAAUCUACACUUUUAAUCAAAGCAGGUACCCGAGGAUUAAUAAGGAGUCUUUACUGCCUGUGGCAAAGGAUGUAUCAUACUCAGGGGAAAAUACAGAAGCUUGGUACCCUCCGGGUCAUGGAGAUAUUUACGCAAGUUUCUACAACUCUGGUUUGCUUGAUACCUUUAUAGGUGAAGGCAAAGAGUAUAUUUUUGUGUCCAACAUAGAUAAUCUGGGCGCCACAGUGGAUCUUUAUAUUCUUAAUCAUUUAAUGAACCCACCCAAUGGAAAACCCUGUGAAUUUGUCAUGGAAGUCACAAAUAAGACACGUGCAGAUGUAAAGGGUGGGACACUUACUCAGUACGAAGGCAAAUUGAGACUGGUGGAAAUUGCCCAAGUGCCAAAACCACACGUUGAUGAGUUCAAGUCUGUAUCAAAAUUCAAAAUAUUUAACACAAACAACCUAUGGAUCUCUCUUGCAGCAGUUAAAAGACUGCAGGAGCAGAAUGCUAUUGACAUGGAAAUCAUUGUGAAUCCAAAGACUUUGGAUGGAGGCCUAAAUGUCAUUCAGCUAGAAACUGCAGUAGGGGCUGCCAUUAAAAGUUUCGAGAACUCUCUAGGUAUUAAUGUUCCGAGGAGCCGUUUUCUGCCUGUAAAAACCACAUCAGAUCUUUUGCUUGUGAUGUCAAACCUCUAUAGCCUUAAUGCAGGAUCUUUGACAAUGAGUGAGAAGCGAGAAUUUCCUACCGUGCCCUUGGUUAAAUUAGGCAGUUCUUUUACAAAGGUUCAGGAUUACCUAAGGAGAUUUGAAAGUAUACCAGAUAUGCUUGAAUUGGAUCACCUCACAGUUUCAGGAGAUGUGACAUUUGGCAAGAAUGUUUCAUUAAAGGGAACAGUUAUCAUCAUUGCAAAUCAUGGUGACCGAAUUGACAUCCCACCUGGAGCAGUAUUAGAAAACAAGAUUGUAUCCGGGAACCUUCGUAUCUUGGACCACUGAAAUGGAAAAUACCAUGUACACUUUAUACUAAUUAUGGGCUGAAUGGUUUCUUACAAUUACAUGUUCUCUAGGAUUCUAAAAUAGGCAGGUGCUUUACUCUGUUACCAUACCCUGCAGUGUUAAUUUCUAAAGUAGAGUUUUCUGCAGUAUGCUUUUAGUCUAAGAAAAGCAUAGGUGGAAGCAAUACUUUUCUUUUUCAAAGAGGAUCCUGAAAGUUAAUUCAUCUUAAAGUGCAAUAUUGUUUAAUCUUAAAACUGGGGCAGCUCUGCUGGAAAAUCUUUUAACGGAGGCCUCAAUAAUGAUCACUUUGAACUGCUUGUGAUUUCAGAAAUAAAGCUGUGAAGCAAUACAUGUGUACACUUAUACUUUUCAAUGUUAACUUUAUGAAAUGGUGAAGAAAAAUGGUUUAUAUACUCUUGCUAAACAGUUACGCUUAACGGUCGGAAGAUUUGCUCUUGGAAUACUUAAGUGCUCACUGGCCAGAUACCUAACAAAUCCAGUUUUUGCAUUUACCUUAAAUUAACUACAUCAUUAUUUCCAAGAAUUAAACUUGAAGGCAUUCAAUACCUUUCAUCUAGUUCUAAAGCGGGGAUGCCUGACAUGCUUUCCACAAGACUUUAUUUCCAUUUAUCGAAAUAAAGGUGUUUCUUUUCCCAGCGGAAGGGGGAGAUGGGGUGGGUGGAGGUAGGGCAUUUCUUUCACAUCUUUGUUCUCUAGUAUAGUGGGGGGUGGGGGGUACAGCUUUAUAAAAAGUUACCUUUCCUUGAAGCUUCAUUUCUUGAAGCUUGCUUGUUGUCACUGAGAAAUGUUCAUGAAUAACCUUCAACCAAUGACUUGAAUUGUGACUUUUCUCUAAGAAUGGGUUACAUUUUCCAAUGCUUCCAUACUUGUUUUUGAGUAAGCUGCUUGUUUAAAGUUUACUAUAUUCUAUUAAAAAAAAGUUGUCUU